CCGUUAAUAACGCACGCCUAGUACAUCUACCCCCAGUAAUAAAAAUAAAAAAUGUCUAAGUGUGACUCCUGCAAAAGGAACCUAUCAAAAUCUUCUCCGGGACUAGAAUGCUGCAAGUGUGAACGGAUUGUGCAUCUAAAUCCAAAGUGCGCGGGGCUAACAAAUAAACAGAUUACUGCCCUAAAAGCGGCCCCCAAUCUGGAGUGGACGUGUCACGAAUGCCAGCAAGAACUCCCAAGACGCACUUCAAUUAUUACGCCUGAAGAGGACGAUGACGAAAGUGAUGCACCGGUUCAAAUCGACGCAAAAAAAUUACUAAGUAACAUCUCAAAAGACGUAGAAAGAGCGAUCAAAAACGAAAUGGCGCAGCUACACGAAUCCUUGCAAUUUCAUAGCGCAAAACUCGAUGAGGCUAUGGAAUGCAUCGAGGGCUUCAAAAAAACAAUUAAAGCUCUCGAGAGGAAGAACACAGAACUUAUAAAUAAAAAUAACAACCUUGAAACACGUGUCGGCGCCCUGGAACAACGGAUACAGGAGGCGGAACAGGAGAAGCUAGGAAAAUACAUCGAAAUAUCAAAUAUACCAAACCAAACAAAGGAAGACAUUCAAUUAAUUACUGAAAAUAUCGCAAAUAAACUUAACCAGGCUAAACAGGACAUCAAAAGUGCACGGAGACUACAGGGGCGGAAGGAGCAAACAGCAAAUAUACUAAUUGAACUGAUUGACGAAGAAGUGAAGGAAAAAUGGAUGACAGCAGCUAGAAAUACAAAGUUAAUAGUUGCAGCAGUAAUUCCGAACGAAAAAACUAACAACAACGCUGUCUAUGUACGCGAAGCCAUGACAAAGCAUCAUAAGCAAUUGUUCUGGAAUGCCAAACAGGAGUUGAAAAAUAAUCUCAACUACAAAUAUGUGUGGUUUAAAAGGGGACUAAUCAAAGCACGCAAAGGAGACAAUGAUAAAAUUAUUACUCUACGGUCCAUUAAAGAUAUACAUGCAUUGACUAACAACAAGGAAUAAUUAAGUAAGAAACUUCAUGUCUCUGCUCUUAUAUUAUUAAUUUAAAUUUAUUCUUUGUCUAUAAAAAUGGCUAAUUUGUGUAAUGAUAUAAUCGAAAUCAAUGAUUGUAGUAAUGUCAAUAACUUUUUAAAUUGUAUUCCUCACAGCCACCUCAACUUAUUAUGUAUACAUAUUAAUAUACGAUCGAUCAUAAAAAACUUCACCGCACUUGAACAAAUUUUAAGUAAAUCAAACAAAUGCAUUGAUAUUGUAAUUCUAACAGAGGCUAAUGUAUCAGAAAAUAAUAGUGUAUUAUAUGAAAUAAGCGGUUACCGAAUGUAUAAAGCUCUUCGUAACUAUAGAAAAGGCGGUGGUAUAAUAUUAUAUGUCAAUAACAAUCUUA